AAAAGCAAGGAGUUCUGAUAUAAUAACCGAGUCAAGCAAUAAUCAACCCGCCCGCCGAGCGGUACGAUGUUAGAAUAUGCGCCGUGAAAUGUGGCCGAUCAUAAUGCCCAGCAGGUACCAAUCUGGUGUGCAGGACGGUCUGGUAAUUGCCAGAAUAUUUCAAUGUUGUCGUCGCUUACAAUAUGUUCCACUGCCUACAUGAACUUGGAGGAUGCCGUCUAUAAGAACGGCAGGCAUAGAGCCAAGCCGUGGGGACGGUGGAUGACAUGGGCCGGACAUAAGAUCGGCGAUAACGGUGGAGAGCGAAAAUCAUCGUUGCAAACAGUGUCUGCCCCUCCAACACAGCAUUAUAGCGUUCUCUAAGUGUCAGUUCGAGCAGUGCUACCGCUCAUCUUGCACGUCGCAUCUCUACGUGGAUCAGCCAUGCGGGAAGCAGUAGGUGGACAUUCGGCUGCUCACCGCGACUCCACAUCACCGCCGCAGCAGAUUGAACUUAGACUCGAGGAUGUGUGGAUCGGUGUGACUGAUCCGAAGGAAAGGCGCAGGUUGCAGAACAGGUUAAAUCAGAGGGCCCGAAGGCGACGUCAGCACUUGACUAAAGCGCUGCCCGAAAGAUCUGAGCCAUACUAUCCUCACGCGUGGUCUACAACGGCGUCGACGCCCUAUCAACUCGAUUUUCAAUGUUUGGAUGAACUCCGUAUCUUUGGUCCGCUUGCCGCAAACUCCCGCAGUAUCCUGCAGCAACUAGAGGCUAUGGUGCAUGUUGAGUUUGCAACUGGCUCACCACACGCCGAUAUGCGAUUAGGAAUAACUCGGUUAAACAUUUUGUGGGCAUUGUACACCAAUGUUGAGAUUUUGGGUUAUAAUGCCAAAGAUAUGGCGGCUGACGAGGCGCUAUCAAUGUUUGCCCUGAUUGGACCACGAUGUCUAGCAACAAUCGGUCGGGAGGCUCUCCUGCCACCUGCAUUGCAGCCAACAGAGAUUCAACGAACCGUGCCCCAUCAUCCCUGGCUUGAUCUCAUCCCCAUACCUAGGAUGCGCGACAAUCUGAUUCUGAUGGAGAAUUUGAUGGACGAUCGCCAAUUGUGUCGGGAUAUGUGCGGCUACCGCUCUCAGAUACCUCGGUCGGGGCAUAGACGUCAGACGGGGAUAGGAGAAACGGGCGUGAUCGUGUGGAAAGACCCCUGGGAUCCCGCUGGCUGGGAGAUCACCGAGACCUUUUGGGAAUUGUGGGGAUUGACCGUCAAGGAUUGCUGGAACUUGUUUCGUUCCACCAAUGCAUGGCGGAUGCGUCGGGGAGAAAGGCCACUCUUUGUAAUACCUUAUGCCGGUAACGACUAGUGU